UCUGGCCGCGAUAUUUACUUCCUCACUCAGACAAACAUAUCGAUGAGAGGCUAUUUAUGUCGUUAACAAGAAGCUCCGCUUUUCCCUUCUCCCUUUUAUAUAUUUCAUUUGGCUUUCCGGAUUAAUGAAAUGAGGUUUUGGGCUGAUUAUCUUUUUGUUCUCGGGAUUCUUCAAACAUCAAGUUUCUUUAGCUUUAACACCAAGGUAAAUUAUACUUUCAUGGAAACCACCACUUCGGAAGCUCAAUGAACGCCUCGGUUUGAAAAUACCGUGGAGACAGUCUGAUUGUAUUGAAAAGUUUUGAUGCUUCAGUUAGUUUUAUGGAAGGCAGGACAGCUUAUCUAAAUUGGAACGCUAAUUUCUCCGAAGUCGGCGAGACGUGGUUCCGCGUCAAGAUCGAGAGAGCCAAAGAUACCACUGUGAAUUCGCCGAAAGAAGUUGUUGUUAAAAAGUUUGUCCAAUCUGGCACCGUCAAAGAAACGGUAUACCUUACGUCUAGAGCUGCAGACAUUGCUCUAAAUAUCAGUUCAAUGUCAAGUAAUGUAAGCAUUACAUUUCUACUGAGAAACKUGAACCCMACUACCGAUGAUAUGUACUACAUCUGUACCGUUUCAUCUAAUACUGGAAAUACCGAAUUCAAGUCUGUUUGGCUACUCAUUUUAGUUCCUUCGUCGUGUAAAAUAUAUCCUGGUAAAAAUAUAACAGUUAAUGAAACAGACAACGUGUCACUAAACGUCACCACCACAGGAAACCCGCCUGUUUAUGAGUACAUCUGGACUCAUCCUAAUGGAAGUAGGCUGACCGCCAAUAGCAGACUGACAUUUACUGCCUCAAGACAAGAUACUGGGACAUACAAGGUGUCUGUGUAUAAUGGUGUUGGUGAUAGGAGUAUUUGCAAACGCCACAUCACUGUACAAUUUCCUUCAUCGCGUAUCAUACAUCCUGAUGCAACAACAGUUAAGGAAACAGACAAGGUCUUGCUAAACGUCACCACCACAGGAUACCCACCUGUUUAUGAGUACAUCUGGACUCAUCCUAAUGGACGUAGACUGACCGCCAAUAGCACACUGACAUUUACUGCCUCAAGACAAGAUACUGGAACAUACAAGGUUUCUGUGUAUAAUGGUGUUGGUGAUCCGGGUAUUUGCACAAGUAACGUCACUGUACAAUAUCCUCCGGUGGCUGUGACUUCGAAGUUAGUCAUAAUUGAAAACUACCAAAACGGAUCAAUACAUUGCUCUGCUCCAGGCGAGCCUGAACCGACCUUUUCUUGGACGUCCACCACAAACAGAACACUGCUGACCAAAGACAAUAGAAGAACAGUGGUGUUGAUUAACGCAACACUAGAAGAUACAGGAAACUAUACUUGUACUGCUAAAAAUAGUUUGGGUGAUUCCAGUAGCACCUCGAGUGUAAUAGUUGCAUAUCCUGUUGGUUGUACCAUAUAUCCAGAUUUGCCAAAUGUUAUCGUAAAUAAAAGUGGGUUAGUUAAUUUGACAUGCGUUGGAAAAGGACAACCGCCAGUGAAUGAGUUUUUUUGGACCUAUCCUAAUGGCAAUACAUAUCCUGGUACUUCAGUCCUUCAGUACAGGGCUUCCAGGACGGACAUAAAAAUUUACCACUGUUUGGUUCGAAAUAGCUUAGAACGUUCUUGAAAUUGUACACGCAAGGUCACCGUGCAUUGUAAGUCGUAAGAAGGAUAUUUGACACUAACCGUUGAAUUGCCAUGCCAUUGAUCCCUGUUUUUUUAAAGAAAAAAUAAACUUAGAGGAAACUUAAAUCAGUCCACAAUCCUGUCGAUCUGCCUGCCCGCUUUGAUCGUGAUUAACCCGACCGUACGAGUUAAGUAGUGAGUGAAUAGUGACCCUAAGAUCAUCUUAUAGUUAUAGUACUCAAGUACAACGUCAUCAGUAUACCAGUAUAUCGAUAACAUCGGUAUUAGCCCAUGAGUAUCCAUGCAUAAGAACAACAAUGCAUAUCAUCGUUUAUUUUAUUUUUUAUUUAAUUCAUUAACACUAGCGGUUUAUUAUUGAUAUAAACUGUAUGUACAUUCUUU